CUCUGAGACAACGAUCAGAUUCACAAUCUAGCCAGAGAAGCUUCCAAUACUCUGGAGCAGCAACCAAUGGGUACUAUCCCCAGCAACAGCAGCAACAGCAACAGCAACAGCAGCAACAAGUCGCCACUAUGUCUGCCCCGUCACAACAAUUUUCAGGCUGGAGAGGUGUUGUGGCCACUGUUGGUUCUGCCUCGGCUGCGGGUGUAGCUAUAUUUAGUGAAGAGAGCAUGAAGAGCUUAAAAUACUGCUUGCAGUGGUUACAGUAUGCGGUUCAUCAUAUUGAUCAUCAGAUCGGUCUUCUGAGAGCGUUCUUGGUGUCCCUUGCCAGUCCAUCUCAAAGCACAGCUAUGGUUCCAUCCAAUGCUGCGUCGACAUUAGCUUCGAUCAAGAAGGAGGUAGUUGAUACACUCCGCAAGGUCAUCAAUGUUGUUUCGCGUUACGCUGGCGCCUGUUUACCAGACCAAGCCAAGAUCAGCGUCCGUCAAUUCAUUCUCUCUAUGCCCGGUCGCUGGGCCUCGAUCAACAAUGAGUCAGUCCCAUCCACACCUGUUGGAUCUCCUUCAUUACGACCUCAGUCUGACCGCAGUCCUGAACAAGUUGCGGCUUUGAAUGAGACAUCUGAGCGCGCCACCAAAGUCUUGGUUCUUGCUCAUGAGUCGUCUGACAUGCUCAAGUCUGUGGCGUCCAUCUUCAAAGAUUCUGUAGAUAAGGCCGAGAAUUGGAUGGACAAGCUUCGUUAUGUUGGAAUGAACCCUCAGCACAACAGUGAUGGUCUUCCAAGCUGGGCUCCCACAGGAUUCCCUGGUCAAACUAAUAAUGGGGCGAUGCCAGGAUGCUUCCCUGGUCCUGAAAAUGGAAGUGGAUCCAGUGCUGGGCUUGCACAGUAUUCUCUGCGCCAGACACAACAUCCAAACACUAAUGGUAACGGCCAUGCUCACUCUUCGGGAUUGGGAUCGCCCACGCGAAGCCUAAAGACUUCACCGCGGAUGAAUAGUCGCGAGAAUCUUAAUCAUCGUCACGCUUACCGUCAGAAAAGCACCAUGUCAGGAGAUGAAGAUUCUGGAAGCGAAGACGAUAAUGUCCCAGUAGCCAUGGAUGAUAGCGAUGAUGAAGCGACUCGCAGCCAUGCGCCUUUGAAGCGUAGCAUGGGGUCUGCGAUCUAUACCCAAGAAAGCGCCGUUCGCCGCCGCAAGAAGAGAGGCGAGAGUGCUGAAGAGGUCGCUGGACUAGGACAGAGCAAUGGAAUGGAAACUCAAGAAAUUAAGCAGGAGUCCAACUAAGCGCCCUCUAUUUAUCUUGACCCUCUUCCAGCAAACGACUCUAGGGUCUUGCUUGGCAACAAAAAUAUCCCAUCACCAUCAUUAAUGUCACUUUUUACUCAUCCAAAAAAUUAAUCAAACUUUCGAAUGGUGGAUGGAAUGAAUGUGACGGAUGAAACUAUCAAGGUCAUAUUGUGCAUCUUUCCUCCUUUCCCUUUCUCUGCUCUUUUUGCCCCUUUCUGCCCUUUCUGCCUUAUCCUUGGAGCUGGCUCAUUACUUUAUAUUUUCUUUAGUUUUGAUAUUAUGACUCUUGUAUUCUAGUCCAAAUUUUUGAUGUACUCUAUUGUUCAUAGCCCUAUUUCUUUAUUUAUCGAGCAAACUAUGUUUUUUGAAGAAUCCAAAUAAAUAAAUAAAAAAAGAUGUUUUGAUUGAUGGUAAA